AUGUCUGUAUUUCUCAGUAACUUAUCAAGAAAUGACUCUAGCCUGUGGAAAGAAAAUCAUAAUUCAACAGAUCUUUUAAAUCCACCAGGAACCGUGAAUAUCUAUCUUUUUUGCCUGACAUGUUUAAUGACUCUCGCAGCCCUGGCAGGCAGCAUUUAUUCACUAGUUUCCCUGCUGAAAAUGCGGAACAGAACUGUUGUGUCCAUGCUUGUGGCUUCUUGGUCUGGGGAUGAUCUCAUGAGUGUCUUGUCGGUGACAAUCUUCAUGUUUUUGCAGUGGCCAAACGAGGUGUCUGACUACUUCCAGUCUCUGUGCACCACCUCUGCCUUACUAUAUUUAUGCCAGGGCCUUUCGAGCAACUUGAAGGCGACUCUCUUAGUCUCCUACAACUUUUACACGAUGCACAGGGCUGCGAGGAGCCAGGCAGCCUCCAGAAGAUCCGGCCAGGUACUCGGCGUGGCGCUGACGGUGUGGGCAGCCAGUCUGCUGCUCUCCGCACUCCCUCUGUGUGGCUGGGGCGCCUUCGUGCGCACGCCUUGGGGCUGCCUGGCCGACUGCUCCAGCUCCUACGUGCUGCUCCUUUUCGCUGUGUACACUUCAGGCUUCGGACUCCUCGCCGGCCUCUCGGUCCCGCUCACUCACCAGUUGCUGUGUUCGGAGGAGCCGCAGAGACUCCACGCCAACUACCAGGAAAUUUCCCGCGGAGCUUCCACUCCAGGGACCCCUUCAACUGGGGGGAGAGUGCUUUCCCUGUCCCCAGAUGAUGCUCCGGGCCCGGCGCUGCGGUGCUCUGGAGGAUGCUCCCCGAGUUCGGACACCGUGUUUGGACCGGGUCCGCCUGCGAGGGCAGGGCUGGGGCAGGGGCCGGGUCGCGGUGCUGCCGCUGUGGCUGGAACCUGCAGGCGAGAGGACCGGGGGACUCUCUGUGGCACCAGGAGCUUCACCGUGAGCGUAGCGCAGAAGCGCUUUUCUUUGAUCUUAGCGCUGACAAAAGUCACCCUUUGGCUGCCCAUGAUGAUCCACAUGGUGGUCCAGCACGUCGUGGGGUUUCAGAGCCUUCCCUUUGAGAUGCUCAGCUUUCUGCUAACCCUCCUGGCCACCACUGUAACUCCAGUAUUUGUCUUGUCCAAACACUGGACACACUUGCCCUGUGGCUGCAUCAUCAACUGCAAGCAGAACACAUAUGCAGUGACAUCCAAUGGGAAAAAACCCAAGAGGAGAUGCUUUGAAUUCAAUCUAUCAUUUCAACAAAGUUAUGGAAUUUAUAAAAUAGCACGUGAAGAUUACUAUGAUGAUGAUGAAAAUUCUACAUCCUAUCACAACCUCAUGAACUAUGAGUGCAAAACUACAAAAGACUCUCAGAGAGACACUCAUAAUAUAUUCAAUGCCAUAAAAGUGGAAAUCAGCACCUCACCCUCUCUGGACAGUUCCACACUAAAAGGCAUCAACAAAUGCAUGAACACGGAUAUUAUAGAGGCUAAACAAGAUUCCCACAGUGAAAAAGGUGUUGAUCCACUGCUCUCUGAAAAAACAGAAGGUGAUAUUAAAUAUGACGAAACCACCUUUUUGGAAGGGCCAGAAAGAAGACUUUCUCAUGAGGAGAGUCAGAAACCAGACCUUUCAGACUGGGAAUGGUGUAGGAGUAAAUCAGAAAGAACACCUCGUCAGCGUUCUGGUGGUGCUCUGGACAUUCCCUUGUGUGCAUUCCAGGGGACUGUGUCUCUCCAAGCCCCAACCGGAAAAACCCUAUCUCUUUCUACCUAUGAGGUGAGCGCAGAAGGACAAAAAAUAACCCCAGCCUCCAAGAAAAUAGAAGUCUAUCGGUCCAAAAGUGUUGGCCAUGAACCAAACUCAGAAGAUUCUCCCUCCACAUUUGCGGACACCAGCGUGAAAAUACACUUGGAGGUUCUUGAAAUUUGUGACAAUGAAGAGGCCUUGGACACUGUGUCAAUCAUUAGCAACAUCAGCCAGUCCUCCACACAGGUCCGAUCUCCUUCCCUACGCUACUCACGGAAGGAAAACAGAUUUGUUUCAUGUGAGUUAGGGGAAACAGCCUCAUAUUCGCUCUUUUUACCCACGAGUAAUCCUGAUGGUGAUAUCAACAUCUCCAUUCCAGACACCGUUGAAGCACACAGGCAGAACAGUAAAAGGCAGAGCCAAGAGAGGGAUAGCUACCAGGAGGAAAUCCAGUUGUUAAAUAAGGCUUACAGGAAAAGAGAAGAAGAAAGCAAGGGUAACUAG